AUGUCCAGUAUUGAUCAUGCAAAUAAGAGUAAUUCUGAGAUUGUUUCAGACGGAGAUCGCGAGGUUGCACAAGCUAUCACAUCCCUGUCAUAUUAUAAACUUCAGCCGACUCCUACGGAGGCGAAUUUGGCUGAGUUGAGCCCCUGGUAUUUAGAAUCACCACGUUCUCUAAGCACUAUCCAGAGAUAUGCGAAUUACCAAGCAUCUUCGUUCAAGGUCGCUGUGAAGGAUGAGAAGCAAGGUGAAAAUUUCGGUUCGAAGUUGCCUUCAGGCGGUAAAUCAAGCACUUCUCCAGCAACACAACGUAACAAGAUCCGAUUUGCAACUAUCUACGACCUUUCCAAUGAGGCCAAAUGGCUCUCUCAACUCUGGGAACUCAAUCGACUCCCCUCUUUCUUCAAGGUCACCUCUGCUGGUAAUAUGCUCGCCCACUUAGGCUAUCCCCUCAUUGGAGUGAACACGAUCCAGCUAAAUAUGAAGGCAAAUUCUUUGAUUCCAAAUGCCCGAAUAACUGGUCACCAAGAGGGCAACAAUAUGUGUGCAGUGAAUAUUAACGUUGGCCCUGGAGAUUGCGAAUGGUUUGCCGUUCCUGAACAGUACUGGGGUUCCAUUCACCGUCUCACUGAACACCAAGGUCUCGAUUUCCUGACCAGCUCCUGGUGGCCUGACGUAGAGGAAUUGCGACAAGAGGGCAUCCCCGUGUAUCGCUUUCUCCAAAAACCCGGUGAUCUCGUGUGGCUCAACGCGGGCACGGUCUUCUGGGGUCAGGCACUAGGAUGGUGCAACAAUAUUGUAUGGAAUAUUGGAACUAUGACGCCGAGGCAAUACCAACUGGCAGUGGAGAGGUUUGAGUAUAAUCGAUUGAGAAAUGUAAAAUCGGCAGUGCCUAUGAUUCACCUCUCUUGGCAGUUGGCGAAGAAUGUUAGGGGUUGCGAUGAACAGCUGUGUGCUCUCAUAAAGUAA